GAAAAUGAUUUUUUUGUUGCAAUCUGUAAAAACUGGCUCCGGAGCCGUGAGUGCGGAGCCGGCUCCGUUGGGUUGAAGUGGAGGAGGUUCCGAAAUUGUCUGGAGCCGGUCGGAGCCGGUUUUUAAUAAAACAUGAUGAGCAUAUUUUAUAGAUCGUCAACAUAUUGUAAACUCGCCUUAAGUGCGAAACGAUAAGCGCAAACGAUAAGAUGCAGGCAGAUAAGGAUGAGAGCGAUCAUUAUCAAAAGAGAGAGAUAUAGGCAUUAGAUGAGCGACAGUGAGUGAGGACGGACGUAUGCAAGCGAAUGAAGUACCGUUACAAGCUGUAGACAGGAUAAACGAGGCGGCGUGAUUAAAGUACGUGAAGCGUAAAGCAUUCUAGGAGUAAAGUAUUGUACUACAAGUGUUCGGUAGAAUGAGUGAUAACGAAAGCGAAGUUUUCGCAGCGGCCACAGAGGGACCGUUCGUGACGGAGCGGAAGAAGCCAGGCCGCAAUGAGACAGCCGAGUUGAGAGCAAUGGUGGCCGAAUUACAACUAAAACUCGAGCAAGCGGUGCAACUUAACAGUGGCGGAGGAAAGAUAGAAGUAGCAGAAAGUUUAGUAGAGGCUGGCAACGAAGGGAUGGAUAGAAGUGAUAGGCCGUGCCGAGGACGAAACGAAUUGUGGGAACGAGUGCCAGAUAUCAGGGAGCUGCGCGAGGUCAUUCACCCGUUUGACCCUAGGGACCCUGAUGCAGCAGCAUGGCUGAAAAACUUCGACGAGACGAGUGAAGUGUACGGGUGGAAAGAGGUAGUGAAACUACACUGCGCACGGAGCCUUAGCGGAUGCGCUAAACUGUGGUGGGAAGUAAACCAGAGCAAAAUCAAAACGUGGUCCAAUUUCGAAGGUGCGCUACUGGCCGGAUUCCCAUCAUCUAAAAACGCAGCAUUUUACCACAACUGGCUGGUGACAAGAAAAUGGCGCAAGGAAGAGACACCCACCGAGUACGUGUACGCCAUGUUAGCUAUGGGAUGCAAAGGCGGGUUUAACGAGGAGACUACGACGAGUUAUAUUGUGAACGGGCUAGGCGAGAUGUGGCGGGGUGCAAGGGUAGCAGCGAGUCGCGUAACAACGAUCGAAGGCCUACUCAAGGAAAUCGCCUGGGUGGAAAACAUUACCGCAGUGGCUGAGCAUAGCAGACACGUCGAUCGAGUAGGGGAGAGGAGGUGCUUUACCUGUGGAUCGGCGGAGCAUGCGGCGCGAGCGUGCAACAAGGGUUGAGAACCAGGCAUCGGUGAAUGGAGUGGCGCCACCGGGAGCAGCCGCGGGGCGCCUAGAUCGAAGUGGCGUUGUUUCACCUGUGACGGUAUGGGACACAUCUCGACGGAUUGUCCCCGACGUAGAACCGUAGCACGGGGAGAAAUGCGACGAACGGUGGAACCGGCGAGCGGGGGACGCGGAAUACUAAAUGUGAAUACGUUAGAUGAUGAAGGAGAGGGCAGAUGUCAAGCAAAGGGCUCGCUGGAACGCCACGGUUUGUGAAAGGAACCCUUCAUGGAUUUGGGGGAGCGAAAGUGGAGGUGAACACGAAGAGAGAAACACGAAUACAACUAGAUGACAUAGAAGUCGUAGCAGAUCUAUGGGAAGACCCGAUGAGGCACAAUCAGUAGACAUGAUUAUUGGGCGAGACAUUAUGGUGCAGCCAGGGAUAAACGUCACGUACAAAGAAGGAAAGGUAUCAUUUAGUAAGGAUAAAGAGCCAACGGAAACGAAGGUAAAAACACACACACUAAAUAAGGAACGCGGAGAAGAAAGGGGCACAGAGAUUACAGAAGCAGAAGUGCGUAUAGAGGGAAGCGAAAAAAUGAAACGCGCAGUGAAAACUCUGUUGCAUAAGUAUCGAGACUGUUUUUCCAAAGAAAUGAAUGAAAUAGGGGCGGCAAAAGGAGUACAAAUGGAAAUAGAGCUAAACGGAGAUGGCCCAAUAUAUGUGAAACCCAGAAAACUGCCUUACGCACAAGAAAACGUAGUUCACGAAAUCGUAUCAGAACAGCUAGAGAACUACAUAAUAGAACCCUCGGUAUCGGCAUAUAACAGUCCAAUCGUGCUAGUUAAGAAAAAAGAUGGCAAGUGGCGUAUGGCAAUUGACUAUAGGCGCUAAACCAGAAGACGGUAAAAGAUCGAUACCCACCACCGGAAAUAGAUAGAUGCUUAAAUACGUUAGAAUGCGCAAAAGUAUUUAUUAGCUUAGACCUGUAUUCGGGUUAUUAUCAGGUUCCUGUAGCAGAAUCUAGCAGGGAAAAGACGGCGUUCUCUACGCCUGAUGGACAUUUCCACUUCAAAAGAAUGCCGUUUGGACUAGUAAAUAGUGGAGCAGUGUUCCAACGGGCUAUAGAUAAGAUAGUCAAGGGCUUGAAGCAAAACAAUGUAGUAGCAUAUGUGGACGACAUAUUGAUAGGAGCUGUUUCGAUAGCUCU